CAGCACCAAGAUGAACCCAGAACCGCGUGACCCCGACUGGGUGGAGGAGAGGUUCCGGAUCGACAGGAAGAAGCUCGAGAUGAUGCUCCACACCCCUCCUGAUGAAGAUGGAAUGACAGGGGAGGAAUUCUUUGAGAAAGUGAUGAUAGAAACCGACACCCAGAUUAAAUGGCCGUCCAAGCUGAAGAUUGGUGCCAAGUCAAAGAAAGACCCACAUGUGAAAGUAGAAGGAAAGAGACACAAUGUUAUGAAGGCCAAGAAGAAGAUCUUGGAUCUCCUGGAGACAAAGGUGAACAAGGUGACCCUGAAGAUUGAUGUGACCCACACAGAGCAUUCCCAUGUAAUUGGGAAAGGAGGCGGCAACAUUAAAAAGGUUAUGGAGGUGACUGCAUGCCACAUUCACUUUCCUGACUCCAACCGCCAUAAUGCCACUGGGGAGAAGAGUAACCAAGUGUCCAUUGCUGGUCCAGUGGAGGGUGUGGAGUUUGCCAGAAGACGAAUACGGGACCUUCAACCACUGGUUCUGACCUUUGACCUGCCAAUGGCACUUGCUCCUCAGUCUAUGCCAGAGGUCACCUCCCCAGUGGUCCAGCACGUGGCUCAAGCCUUUGGUGUGAGUGUCACCUUCCAACAGCAACCCAAGUUCUACAGCAGCAGCUGCAUGGUGCGGGGCCUGCAGGGAAACUGUGCCUCUGUAAAGAAGGCCACCUGUGUGCUGAUGGAGCUUCUCCUGGGUGCAGAGAACCACGCGACGGUGAGCGCUCAGCUGGACAUUGGAUCACACCAACACCUGCUACUCCUGGGCCAUAGUGGUGCCAGCUUCCUUAGUGUUAUGCACCUCACCCAGACCCAAAUAAUCCUGCCAGACCUGAGCGCUCCUCAGAGCACCCCCUCGCUGCUUAUCCAGGGGGCCCCUGAUGGUGUAUGUCUGGCCAGGCAGCAGCUUCUGGAGUGCCUGCCCGUGUGUCUCAUGUUUGACAUGAGGGAAAAUGGCGAAGUGGACUCUCGCAAGCUUGCUCAGAUAAUGCAAAACUUGGGGGUCUUCAUUAGCAUCAAGCCCAAGGUCAAGCAGACCGCCAAGUCAGUGGUGGUGAAGACCCUCGAGAGGAAUGUGGGUAACCUCUAUGAGGCCCGACGAUUCUUGUUAGGACUGGAAGCCAGUGAACUCACCAGCAGCACCAUGAAGCCCAUCUGUGAUGUUUCCUUAACCAGCCUCGGCAACCAUUGGCUCAACUUGAUGAUGCAGCAGCUGCGCCUCUUGGACCCAAUUGCUGCCACUACACCAGAGGGGGUGGUGGGUGCUCUCCUGCAGGUAAAACCCCGCCCCUCUCCUCCUCCAGGUCUUUCUGGGGUCCACGAAGAGGGAGACAUUUUGUUAAAAGGAACGGACCCCAAACCGGCAAAGACUUCCGAGGAAAAAGGGCAGCUGAGAUCUGCAACAUCAGGGAAUCCUAGGGGUCAGAAAUCGGACGUCGGAGAAAAAGCUCCGCCUUCAAGGAGAAACAGCCAAUCAGAGGCCACGAAAGACCAACGCCAAGAAGGAAAUGCAAUGUCCCAGAAGAACUGCAAACAACUGGUAAAUGCUGAGGUGAACAGUGUCAACAAAGAGAGAAGGAACAGUAAAAGAGAAGAUAUUGUAGAGAAGGUCUCUGAUUCUACAAGCAACAAGGAUUAUGACUAUGAGAGGAAGAAGCUUCUGGCCACCAGAGCGAUGCAGAAGAAGCCGGUGGAGACGGAGGUGAGGACACCAACAGACACCUGGAGUGGUCUGGGCUUCUCCAAGUCCAUGCCUGAAGAGGCCAUUAAGGAACUGCGGUCCAUCAGCCGCCGAAACCCCAGAUCUUACCUGGGCACCUCCAGCACUCAGACGUGGACAUCCCAGGGCAGCAGGGACCGGCUGUACAGCGGGAGCAACUCCGAUAACUGGCGGGAGCGACGAGCAUCCUCGCCUCCUUCGUCUCCGGCACCACAUUCCUCCUGCUCUUCCUCCUCCAACUACUCCUCGUCUUCCAGAAGCUCAACAGAUAGGCCCUGUGAUAACUACUUUGAAGGUGUUUUGUCUGGCAGUAGAGCUCAGAAGACCACCGAUGACCUGCCUGAACUCUUCAGCCAGUUGGGCCUGAGCAAGUACAUCGACAUCUUUCAGCAGCAGGAGAUCGACUUCCAGACCUUCUUGACGCUGUCAGAUGCGGAUCUGAAGGAAGUGGGUGUGUCUACCUUUGGGGCCAGACGCAAGAUGCUCCUCGCCAUCUCAGACCUGAACAAGAGCAGGAGGAAGCCCGUGGACCCGCCCACGGUAAAGUCAGGCUACCUGGAAGGCGGGGCCAGCGGCCGUCUCCCUCGGAUCAUGGACAUGGACGCAGCCUCACAGAGCAGCCGAUGGUGAGGAGGAAACAUCCUCCACCGCAGGCUGUUGGCUGUCAAAGCCUUCAUUACCUACAGUCCUCCUGGACAUCUGGAUUACAAGAAUGCAACUCCACUAUGCAACUAACAACCCAGGUUUCUUCGGUUGCAGGGAACCUGGGUAACGCCAGCCUCGACUACCCACUAUGCACCUGGGUCAC